AACAAAAAUUAAUUUUAUUUCCUAUAUAAUCAGAUUAUUUAGCAGCUGGAAUUGCAAAAACAGUUUGACCGAAAAAAAAGGAUUUGUAAAACAGAGCACCUGAUGGCGUCGGUGAAGUUGCCGUGGGAUUUGGAGGAAGAGAUACUGUCUCGGCUUCCACCUCGAUCUCUUGUUCGGUUCAGGACCGUAUGUAAACACUGGAACGGUCUUUUCAGCGACAAGAGGUUUGUCAAAAAGCACUUGGUCCGUGCCCGUCCCCAAUUCAUCUUCCUUACCGAAUCGAAGAAGAUGUACUCGAUAGAGAUCGAUCUGGGUGGAACGAUAGAGGUGCGUGAGGUACCCUACGAUUUUCAUUGUCAGCCUAUGAAGAAGAAUUUUACAACUAUCAUGGCUUGCGAUGGGUUAUUGUUUCGUGAUUUUUGGAAACAAGGUGUUGCGGUUUGGAAUCCGUGGUUGAGACAGGUUGGGUGGAUCGAGUAUGAGGAUAAAGGUUUCCGUUUUUGCGGUGUAGGAUACGAUAGUUGUAAACCCGAUAAGUGUUACAAGAUCUUGGGGUAUUUUAAUUGUACGCGUAGACUCAGCGACUCUCUCCAGGAAGGUUACUACCAAGCUGCGAUCUACGAGUGUGCAUCGCAGGCGUUCAAAUUUAUUGAUACCCCUAACCCUUUCAACCUGUGGCCCAACAAGGAUCCUUUGUCCGUGAACGGGAAUCUUUAUUGGCUUGCUCAUAACCACCCUGAGACUCUUGAGUAUUUCAUCGAAACCUUUGAUUUCUCCAUGGAGAUUUUCAAACCCUUUUGUCUACUGCCGUGUCGGAAGGACUUUGGUAGCAAUGAACUUGUCCUGGCGGUUUUUAAGGAAGAUCGGUUUUCAUUGUUAAAGCAAUGCUUCGAAACAACGAAGAUUGAGAUUUGGGUAACAAAGAUGAAGAUUGAUAGAGAGGAGGAAGUGGUGUGGAUAAAGUUUAUGACAUUGCCGACAACCAACUUGCCUAAUCUAGAUGAUACUUAUUGUUGCAGUAGUUACUUCAUCUUUGACAAGACCAUAAUCAUGUGUUGUGGCGAUUACAAAACUGGAGCUACUUGCAUCUAUAUGGUGAGGGGAGAUAUGUUCAAGAAGAUUCAGAUCAAUUCUGGGAUUUUUCAGUUUUCUUACUGUGUCUAUCUUCCAAAUUUGAUCUCGGUUCCUUUUGAAUCACAUCAAGUUUAAUUUUUUUUUUUGCUAAGAAAACGAAACAAGUUUAAAUUCUGAAUUUUCUUGAUUAGUUACAAAUUUGAAUUCGAU